CUUUAUCGAUUAUUCAUUUGUUUUGUUUCAUAAAUUCGCAACAUCUACCAGAGACUAGCCGAUUUUGGUUAAGAAAUAAAUACAAUAGUUUUUAUUGUAUGAGAUUGUGUUUUUUGUAUGGUAAUUACAGGAAUAUUGCGGCAUGGACGAUUCCGGCAGUACUUCAAGUAAAACUGUGCCUCCGUUGAAAAUAAAAAAUGUACGAGCACUACAAACGCUACAUCUCUCGGACGAAUCUGAUACCGGAUCGAAUUCUGAUGAUCAGAACCUCAUGAUUGACGAAGUAUAUGAACUGAACACGUCGGAUGAAACUCAUGAUGAAAUGAUGUUGAUAGUUGACGAGCCACGAUUAAUAAGUGACAACAACGAAGAAGAUGAUUUAACCACCAGGUCCAGUAAAUCUUCCAAUAGACUAUCAAUAACUAGCAGUGAUGAAUGUACCACUAAUUUGCAACCAACUCCUCUCAGUCAGCAAUCAGCCUGUUCCUUCACUCAUAGUUCCAAGGGAAAUCGGCGUAAAAGCCAUCACGUUCCCAAGCAGGUUGGGGAUGUGGUUUUCGAGGAAACCACGAUUCUAACGGUGACGGAUGCCGAACAGACUGCACCAAAUCGAAAUUUGAUGAAGAAUAUCGCGAUGUUAAAAAGCUGUAUUAACUAUGUAUUAGAGCAACAGGAGCUGAAGCCUAUAGCGUUCAAGCAUAAUUUUGAAAAAGCAUCGAAACUUAUAGAGCAAUAUAAUCAAAUUAAGGAAGAUAAACUUGGAACAUAAAA